AUGCUGGAACUAUACUAUCUUCCCGGAUCGGCACCUUGCCGCGCUGUGCAGAUGACGGCCGCUGCCGUUGGGCUGACCAAUCUGAACCUCAAGUAUCUCAACCUGAUGGCCGGAGAGCAUCGGAAACCGGAGUACGUCAAGCUAAAUCCACAGCGCUCCAUCCCGACGCUCGUCGACGGUGACACGGUGCUAACCGAAUCCAGAGCCAUCCUGAUGUAUCUGUGCGAUCGUUACGGCGCGAAGGCGGACGCGAGGGACACAGAAGACAGUGAACGGUGCUCGUGGUACCCGCGGGAUGUGCUACAACGUGCCGCUGUCAACCAGCGGCUCUUCUUCGAUGCCUGUGUCCUCUAUCCGCGCUUCACCGAUCUCUACCAUCCCGUGGUGUUUGGAGGCGCUGCACCGGAUCCAAAGAAGAUCACCGCAUUCGAAGGCGCCGUUGCGCUGUUGGAUACAUUCCUCACUCAAAGUGCAUUCGUGGCCGGUUCCCACAUGACGAUCGCCGACAUAAGCCUGUUUGCAACGCUCGCCACGGCCUGUGCCCUCCAGUUCCAGCUCAGCCCAUUCGCGAACGUGCACCGGUGGUACGGUGCGAUGCUGGAACAGUGCCCCGGUGCCUCGUUGAACAUUGUCGGAGCGAAAGAUUUUUGUUCGUACAAAUAA